AUGCUGUUUGCAAUUGCAGUUGCAGCCUUGGUUGCCGUUUUCCAGGCGCCAAUUGCGUCCGCAACAGCCUUGACCUAUAACAUGGACGCCAAUGAGCAGGCAUGCUUUUACACUUGGGUAGACGCACCAGGGAAGAAGAUUGCAUUCUACUUUGCGGUCCAAUCAGGAGGUGCCUUUGACAUUGACUACGCUGUCACCAAGCCUAGCGGCCAAUUGAUUCUCGACGGAGAGAAGGAGAAACAAGGUGAUUACGUCUUCACUGCGAAUGAUGUCGGAGAAUACGAAUUCUGCUUUUCCAACCAGAUGUCUGCCGUCGCGGAGAAGGUUGUUGAUUUCGAGAUUCACGUCGAGGACGAGCAACGCGCAGAGCUUCCUACUAAGGGUCAGAACCCACCCGAACAGACCUCAAACCUCGAGGAGAGCAUCAUGAAGAUCUCAUCCCAGCUUUCCACCAUCUCUCGGAACCAGAAAUACUUCCGGACUAGAGAGAACCGCAACUUCAGCACCGUUAGAUCCACAGAGUCUAGAAUCUUCUGGUUCUCACUUUCUGAAUCUCUCAUGAUGAUCACUAUGUCUUGCCUCGAGGUCUUCAUCGUCCGCACGUUCUUCUCCACACGGACCAAGACCGGUGUAUAG